AUUCAAUUUCUAACUUGUUCAAGCAUAUUAACCAAAGAUUAUGAUGUGUUUGCAUUACUCUAAUGAUAAUAACGUCGCUAUUUUCAUAAUGAAGAAAAUCAACAACCACGGAUAAGUAUUUAGAAAUAUUAUUUAUUGUAUCUAUAAUUUUAUCACUGAUCACUCUUAAUCGAUUCUACAAUUUAUUGAAUAAUAAUUUGCGAAAUGGUUUCAAGGAUCUGUUCUGGGAUAAAAAACUUUCAACUGAGACAAGGGUUGAGAGGAUGGUACAGCUUCAGUUAUGAUAACACGUUAAAUCAAAACAGAAGUGCAGUUCAUGAGUUUGGGAAAUGCAAAGAUAUUUCGCACAGUGCUAAUUCGAGAUUGGUGAGAACUGGAAUAGACGAUGCUCAAAACACUUACAAUAAUUUGGCUUACAAGAAAACAAACUUUCAUCGAUAUCAACAAUCAAAAUUAUUAGAUGAACAACAAAAUGGUGAAGCUUCAAACAAUAUUUAUAAAAAAUCUCAAAAUAUCAAACAAUUUUGUGUUUCCAAAAGUUGUGAUGAAAAACCACUAAGAAAUCACAAUGAAUGCCAGAGCCUCAAAUAUCUGAGAUUUCAACACUCACAAAACCAAGUAAAAACAAAUAUUUUGAGCCAGAAACAAAAAUUAUUCAAUGGUCAUCAAUAUCAACUCAAGGAAUACUUGCAUGGGUAUCAGAAUUUUGGAUCCCCAGCACCAUAUAUUCUUGAAACGUGUUUGGAAUCAAGUAAAGAUGAAGUAAUCUACAAAGGACAUGUGAACCAACUGAAACCAGCAAGUGGAAAUAGAGUAUUCUUCAAUGAAAAUCAACCAAAACACAGCAAUAACUGCCUUGAAAUUCCACAUCAGAAUGUAGGAGCUUGGAACUUAUUUGGCAUCAGAUACCCAAUAAAACCAUCCUCAAUUUUGUAUCAACCCCGCCGAUACCUGAAUUUAGGACCUGAAUACUUAGGAAACCGACUAAAAUCAUCCACAAUUCUGUUUCAACCCCGCCGAUACCUGAAUCUAGGGCCUAAAUACUUGGGAAACCGACAAAAAUCAUCCACAAUUCUAGGACCUAGAAAAUCAUUUGAUUUAAAAAAUCAACUAAAUAAAGCAUCCCCCAAUGUGUAUUAUCAACCUUGCCAAUACCUGAAUUCAAGAGCUAAAAUCUCAUCAAAUUUCGAAAACCAACUAGAAGUAUCUACAAGUUUGGGACCUAGAAACGACAUCAAAAACCAACUGGAACAAUCCACAAAUUUGUGCUAUCAAAGAUUUCUGAAUCUAGGAACUGGAAACUUAUUAAACUUUGAAUACAAAUUGAAACCAUCCACAAUUCUAGGACCUGAGAGCUCAUUUGACAUCAAAAAACCAAAUAAAAUCAUCUCCCAGUUUGGACUACCUACCCUGCCGAUUGCUCAAUUCAGGACCUAGAACCCUUUUCGACUUGAAAACCCAACAGAAAUCAUCCACAAUUCUGUACUAUCAACCCUGCCGAUUGUUCAAUUCAGGACCUAAAACCCUUUUCGACUCGAAAACCCCAACAGAAAUCAUCCACAAUUUUGUACUAUCAACCCUGCCGAUUGCUCAAUUCUGGACCUAGAACCCUUUUUGACUUGAAACCCCAAUUGAAAUCAUCUCCCAAUUUGGACUACCAACCCUGCCGAUUGCUCCAUUCUGGACCUAAAACCCUUUUUGACGAAAAACUGAAACUGAAACGAUCGACAAAUGUGUACUACCAACCUAGCAGAUACCUGAAGAUCAUGGAAUACCAGGGUGACGAGAUUCUGCAGGAAUCAGGCAUACCAACCGGCAAGUUUGUGGUGGUGAAGAAUGCUGACGAUGCGGAAAAGAUGGCCGCCAGUCUGGACACUAAUGACUUCAUGGUGAAAGCGCAGGUCCUGACCGGUGGGAGGGGGAAGGGAAAAUUCAAGAAUUCAAGAAUCAGUGGAGUCAGAAUUGCUACGUCACCGGCUGAAGUGGCAAAGACCUGCAAGAAGAUGCUGGGUGAUUACCUGAUAACCAAGCAGACGUCUGAGGAUGGCAUAGUGUGCAAUGCAGUGCUGGUGGCCGAGAGGCACUUCCCAAGAAAGGAGUUCUACUUUGCCAUCACUAUGCACAGGGCCUUUGACGGCCCGGUCGUUAUUGCUUCCACCCAAGGAGGAAUGGACAUUGAAGAGGUAGCCAUAGUCGAUCCUGAAGCUGUCCUUUAUGAACCAGUUGACAUAAUGACUGGACUAAAAGUCGAGCAAGCCUUGGAGAUCACGAAAAAGUUGAAAAUUGUUGAAAAACCUGAGAGUUUGGCUGAAAUACUGGUCAAUUUGUACAAGAUAUUCGAGAAAGACGCCAUCCUAGUAGAACUGAACCCGUUAGCACUGGAUAUACACAAUAAUUAUCUGUGCCUAGAUUGCAAGAUGGAAUUUGAUGAGAGUGCCGAUUACAAGCAGCCUGAGAUUUUCGCCAAGAAAGACAUCAGCCAAUUGGAUGCCAGGGAAUUGGCAGCCAUUAAGGAGAACAUAAACUAUGUGGCCCUUACUGGUAAUAUAGGGUGUAUGGUGAAUGGAGCGGGGCUUGCUAUGGCUACCAUGGAUAUCAUAAAAUUACAUGGCGGAGAACCAGCCAAUUUCCUAGAUGUGGGCGGUGGAGCAACUGUGAAAACAGUGGAGACGUGUUUUGAAAUAAUCACCAGCAACAAGAAUGUGGACUGCAUCUUUGUCAACAUUUUCGGGGGCAUCAUGAGGUGUGACGUCAUUGCACAAGGCAUUGUAACAGCUGCUCAUAAACUCAAACUUAAGCAACUUCCAAUUGUCUGUCGGUUGAGAGGAACGAAUGUUGCUGAGGCGAAAGCGAUAAUUGCUGCAUCUGAAAUGAGGAUUUUGUCAAUUGAUGAUUUGGAUGAAGGUGCUAAAAUAGCAGUGAAGGUUUCCAAGAUCAGACAUUUGGCUAAGGAAGCGCAAUUGGAUGUGAAUUUCGAGUUGAUCGGGAUUUAGGUUAGGUUAGUUUUUGUUAAAAGUUUCGUUAGUUUUGUUAUUAAUGUCAAGUUUUGUAUAAUAAUUUAUGAUUUUGAGUCUUUUUUAUAAGAGAACAAAAUUGUAACAGCCUCACAUAUUACAAGCUCAAACUCAAGUGACUUCCAAUUGUCUGUUGGUUGAGGGGAACAAAUGUCACUGAGACAAAAGCAAUAAUUGCUGCAUCUGAAAUGUGGAUUUUGUCAAUUAUUGAUGAUUUGGAUGAAGGUGCUAAAAUAGCUGUGAAGGUUUCCAAAAUUUGCCAUUUGGCCAAGGAAGCUCAGUUAUAGAUGUCCAAUUUUUAGUUGAUCAGGAUUUAUUUUAGGUUAGUCUUGGUUACAUGUAAUCAAUGUAACACAUGCAUUUGACUAAGGUCAAUUUGGUUGAUGUUAACUUUGUUUGUGAUGUUAAAUUCUGUUGUUGAUUAUCAAUUUAUGGUUUAAAUAAUUAGACAUUUGGCUAAAGAGGCUCAGUAGGAUGUCAAUUUUGAGUUGAUUGGGACUUUAGUUAGAUUUGGGUUAGGUUGGGUUGUAUAAAUUUACUUCAGUUUUGGUUGAAUGUAGGCCUAAAGUUUAUAUUGUUUAUUUCGAUUGAUGAUUUAUAUGAAAGAGGUAAGAUGGCUGUGAAUGUUUCUAAUAGACAUUUGACUAAUAUCCAGUUGCACCAAAGCCGGUUAAAUUUGAACCAUGAUUAAUUUCAUGAGAACCAAUCAGAGAAGCCUUAAUUUUACGA